ACCCCCAUCAGCUUAAUUAAGUUUCACAAUGGAUAAGUGUAUAAUGGCUGAGCAAUGCAAUCAAAACUCUGUUGCAACAUCUUCUGCGGCAAGGUGGUGGCCAGAUGUUCAUACUUCUUCUCUUUGUUCAUGGACUGGUGGUGGAGCUGAUUAUGGAAGUAAUCCUCCAUGCAACAAUCCUCAAGACCCUAAUUCUAACUGCUCUGGUGGUGAAGAAGAUGUUUCUAUCUCUACUUCUUUUACGACUAACGCUUCCAACAAUUCUGGGCUCAGCAUGGAGUCUUCUCGACAACUUGUAGAGAAAUCAUCCACCAACGAUCCCUACGGAGAGGCAGUUUCCGAUAAUCAUCACCUCUGGAACCAAGUUUUACUAGGUGUUGGAGCUACCGGAGAACUGCAGAACAUUUCGACUCGGAUGUAUGAACCAGCGUGUGAUUAUUUGAAGAAAAUAGACAGCGGAUGGGAGUUUUCAAGCCCAACAAAUCUGCAUCACUUUGAAAAAAAUUUCAGUGGGUUCAACGAUGGCCUUUACCAAAGUAAGAAUCCAGCUUCAGUAACAAGUUGGUCGAUUGCACCCCCGGAUGUUGAAAUAAGUCCACAGUUUGAUCAAUACAGUGGGCAAUUCACAGCUAUAAAGAAUGAACACACAGAGAGUGAUAUUGAACGUGAGGGGUUAUUUCGGAGAGGAUUAAGUAGUCACCCAAUGGAAUAUCAAGUAGGGAUUAACAACAUGGUUGUUGGGGAUAAUACCAAGUAUUAUUACAGUGGUAUGCCGAAUUUAGAAUGUGCCAACGGAAGGGGUUUUGCUGAUUUGGUUGCUUUUGGUAGCUGCUUAAACAAGCCACUAUCAGAGAGUAACAUGUCUAGUAAACCCAUUAUGAACUCCAUGAAUUUACCCGACCUAAGAAAACAGGCAAUCCAUACUUCUUAUCAGUUGCAGCCAAUGAGACCAAGAGGCAACACACCUGCUAAAAUCAAUGGAAGAGGAAAUGGAGUUGCUAACGAAGGGAAGAGAAAGAAAUCAGAAGAUCACCCUGCAGGAUCACUCUUAAAGAAACCAAAGCUCGAAACUUCUACAGUCUCAUCAACUAAGCAUCCUAAACCAAAGCUCGAGGAAAAAAUAACAGCCCUUCAGCAGAUUGUGUCACCGUUCGGCAAGACAGAUACAGCUUCAGUAUUAUGGGAAGCAAUUGGUUAUAUCAAGUGUCUACAAGAACAAGUACAGUUAUUGAGCAAUCCAUACAUGAAGACAAAUAUCGUGAAGGAGACAUGGGCACGAUUGGAAACAAAAGAGAGAGGAGAUAAGAAGGUCGAUCUAAAGAGCAGAGGUUUGUGUUUGGUUCCCAUAUCGUGUACUCCUCCAGUGUACCAUGAGAACAACGGAUCGGACUACUGGACUCCAACAUAUAGAGGAUGUUUCUACAGAUAGAUGUAAUUGAAGGACUUGAUUAUCUUUAAUUUGGAUAUUAUAUAUAUGUUAAAGGCCAAAACUUGUUUAAUUAGUAAUUUAAAUUCUUGCAAUUAA